GAUUUCCGCCAAGUCCGAAUGGGGCUGCGGGCCAGCAAGACAUCGCCAUGGCUGAUUGUUUUUCUUCCUGCGGCUCAGGAGUUCAGGAGCGCUGUCAAAAAGUCUUCUUUUCGCUCUCCCCAUCCCCUCUGCUUGCUGCCGUUUCCUUACCGCCGGGUUUGACUUCGUUCUGCGCACCCUGGACUCUUCAGUCCUGGCAGUUCUCGACCCUCUCUCAGCUGUCGCGUGACUGGACUGUAGCGGUCUCUCGUCGCUAUACUCAUCAUCUCCGUCUCUCGUUGCUUUCUCCAUCGAUUUAAUGACCGUAUAAACCAUCUGGUCGCUAUCUAUACUCCAUCCACCUUCGCCAUGGAUUCUAACACAACCUCUGCGGACAAGCCCUACCUGGGUAAACCGCAGUUUCAAUCCCACACCUGGGUUGAACCCAUUAUUGUCCUGAGUAUCAUGUUCGCCUCAUUAUAUUUCAACCGCCGCCGGGGUUUCAGCAUUCUACGGAAAAACUCGAAUCCGAAGCGCAUUGAGCUGGGAGACAGCUCGGAAGAAGAUGAGAGGCUAGGUGCCAGCGAGGAACGAGUCCCAUUCUUCAGGGGCGAAUCCCUGUCAUCUGAUGUUGAUACCAAGUCCCCCAAGGCCCGCAACUGUCUCGGCCUUACCGUCAAAACCCCCAACUCUGCGCGCUUCGCGAAACACAUCCACAGCCGAAUCCUGCAGCGAUUCCCUUUCCUGGUCGAAAUGUUCUACUGGGUACUGAACUACCUUUUCUACGCCUGCACAAAGGCCACGGCCCAAGCGCUUUCCCCACCGGAUAUCUCUGUCGUCGAAGUGGCCCAGGAACAUGGCAUUUGGGUGCUCCACACGGAACACGAAACCCCCAUUAUCAAAUGGUUCUAUCCUAUCCGAGAAGCCGACUUCCAAUGGUUCCUCCUCGCCAAUCAUCCCAGCAUUAUGACCUUUUUCAAUCGGAUAUACUCGCUUGUCCAUAUCCCCGGCACCGUGGCUUUCUUGUCCUGGUAUUACUACAUGGCCCCGGACCAUGCCAGUUUCGCAGCCGUUCGACGCACCAUGACCCUGGGCAAUUUCAGCGCUUUUAUAACCUUCUGUUUCUGGCCGUGUAUGCCACCACGGCUGUUGCCAGAGUCCUUCGGGUUCCAUGAUACUGUGCGACAGGAGCAUGCGGAGAGUGUCUGGGUCGGCGGGAAGAACGUGAACCAGCUCGCCGCCAUGCCCAGUCUUCAUUUCACCUAUGCCUUCUGCAUCGGGAGCACAUUUAUCUGGCACUCUGGCAUUCUGCAACGUGUUUUCGGCAAGAAUCGCAUGAGGCUGACGUGGACGGAUUUCUUACUAGUAGCUGCGGGCAUCUUCUACCCUUUGCUCGUACUAAGCGUGAUUGUUGCAACUGCGAAUCACUACUGGAUGGAUGCGACCGUUGCCAUGUUCACCACCGCUCUCUCUUUCCUGUGCAACCGGAUUUGGAUUAUCCUACUCCCGUUGGAGGAUUGGUUGCUUUGGGCCUGGCGGUUGGAGAAGCCGGUUCCCACUACGGGCGACAGGGCCUUACGCAAGUAUGGCCGCAGGAGGAGGAAUGGCCGGGGGCCGCAGUCUGAUAUAGAAUAUACUGCUGUGUCAUGAAAAGAGAUGAUAUAACCUAUAUAUGGAUGCCAUAUGGGCGAACUUCUAUACGCAAAUACUUAAUCAAUUUUGGAUACCACUGGGCUUUCAAUUCUGGAUUCAUUUACCGCCCGGGAGAACUUCUGUGGAGGUCUUGUAUGCCUGCUGAUCUUGAUGUUGAUCUUGAUUGACCCGUAAGAUAUCUAGGUUCGCAGCAGCAAGGCUGAAAGUUAGUCUUACCAUGGCACCAGCUAUCCACUAAAAUCUAAAAAUAAGCAUCCAGGUAGCAUAAAGAUGCUAUGCUAUUUAUACCGCUGACCCAUUGCUCCCCACACAAGAACAGAAGGCCCAGAUCGAGUCCGCACCGGAAUGUAGCUAAGUAACAAAUAGAACCGAAGAAUAAGAGCCGAG